UAAACUAAUCAUGGCAGGUCUCCGAAAUUUAUUUUUGCUGUUUCUAAUAACAUUUAGUGGUAUUGAAGGUGCAAGGAUUCUAGCUUACUUUCCUACGCCUUCGAUUAGUCAUCAAAUAGUGUUUCGACCUAUUACAAGAGAACUUGCAAGACGAGGUCAUGAAGUUAUUGUGAUUACAGCAGAUCCAGCUUAUCCAAAAGGUAAAACACCGAACAAUUUGACUGAAAUCGACACACAUGACCUAUCGUACAAGGAAUGGGAAAACUUGUUGUCGUUGCAUCGAGGCCAUAAGGAAGAUUUACUUCGUCACAUCAAAAAACUUUUCGAAACGUUUGCAAACAUUUUUGAUAAACAAAUGGAACUCCCAGAAUUAAAAGAAAUUAUGAAGAAGGACAGAAAAUAUUUCGACAUAAUGUUACUUGAAGCCUGCUACCGUCCUAUCUUAGGCAUCGCGCACAAAUUUGAUGCACCAGUUAUUCAAUUAAGUUCCUUUGGAAUAGUAGCUCAGCAAUAUCAUAGCAUGGGAGCACCAUCACACCCCAUUUUGUAUCCAACACCAGGUAGACAAAGGUUAUAUAAUUUAUCAUUAGUGGAAAGAAGUGUUGAAAUUUUAGCACACUUGUUGUUGGACUUUUUAAUUGCCGAUACGGAAGAACAUGAUUAUGCAGUAAUGAGAAAACAUUUUGGUAAAGAUGUACCUACAUUUGAUCAACUAAGAAAAUCAAUUAAAAUGAUGUUUAUAAAUGAGCAUCCACUUUGGGCUGAUAACCAUCCUGUUCCUCCAAAUAUUAUUUACAUGGGCGGUGUUCACAUUCCCCCAGUUAAGGAGUUACCUAAAGACCUUAAACAAUAUUUGGACUCCUCAAAACAUGGUGUUAUAUAUAUCAGUUUUGGUACUAAUGUGUUACCUUCACUAUUGCCACCUGAAAAAAUUCAAGUUAUGACUAAAGUUUUGUCUCAAUUACCGUAUGAUGUUUUAUGGAAAUGGGACAAAGAUGUUCUCCCGGAACACCCAAAUAACAUCAAAUUUUCUAAAUGGUUUCCACAAGCUGAUUUACUCAAACAUCCUAACGUAAAGUUAUUUAUUACUCAGGGUGGAUUACAAUCCACUGACGAGGCCAUAGAUGCUGCUGUACCUCUUAUCGGUAUUCCUAUGUUAGGAGACCAGUGGUAUAAUGUAGAAAAAUAUACAUACCACAAAAUGGGAAUGCAAUUAGACAUUACUACUUUGACAGAAAAUGAAUUUAAAAAUGCCAUAAAUACUGUAAUACAGGAUAAAAGUUACAAAAACAACAUGUCAAGGCUCAGGGGAGUAAUGAGGGAAUAUCCAAUUGAUCCUUUAAAUCUAACUGUGUGGUGGAUAGAACAUGUUAUUAAGUAUGGAGGAGAUCAUCUAACAGGGCCAGCUGCCGAUAUGUCGUGGAUUGAAUACUAUGAAGUCAAGCUGGUUUUAAUAGUUUUAAGUAUUUUACUAGUAAUUUUAGCAGCCAUAGGAUACACAAUAUGGCUAUUGAUAAAAUUUGUUACUAAUAAGUACAGGAUGACAAUUAAAGUUAAAAGUAAUUAACUGUGAUACAUUUAAUAUAUUUCAAUGGAAAUGUGAUGUCAAUCGUCAUAUUUUAUUUUUUAUGUCGUUGUUUUGCUUUUGGAACUUAUCUAUGCAUGUUAUGCAUGCAUUAAAAUCACAAGUUAAGUUUUAAUGUUUCAAACAUUUAUUUAUGACGUUUAUUUAUCUCAUUUUUUUUUUAAAUAAUUAUUAGGAUAAGUGUCAUACACUUAUAUAUAAGUCAGUAAUUUUUGUAAAA